AUGAAGGAUCUCGUCUUGCGGUUUACUGGGCCAGAGAUGUGGAUCAUGCCGAAGAAUCCCUUCUCUGCAAUGUCGAACCUGAGAAGGCUGCUGGUCGCCGACGUGCCUUCCUCAUGGGACGCCUCAUGGCCGUGCCUGCUCAUCGAGGCGGCGCCGUUACUUGAGAGCCUAUAUGUGCAUGUCUCCCACAGAGAAGAUGAGCCAAGACAGGAGGUGCCGGGGGAGACCUCGGCUUCGUGCCAUCGCCAUUUGAAGGAGCUGGUUGUCAUUGGAUUCCAGAGGACGGAGAGGCAGAUGCACCUUGUGAGGUUCGCCAUGGAGGUAUCCAUGGCGCUGCGGCGUGUCGCACUGCUCAAGCAGGGACGCGUCGAGGACAAAGGGCCCUGCUGCGACUGGGAGGUGGUGAGCCAGCAGAGCGCGUGGUGCGACGAGGAGAGGCUCGCCGUUCUGGAUGGCAUCGGCUGUUCGACGGGACAGAUCGAAGUGGUGCUCAGUUGA